AUUGGCCACUGGGAUGGUGAUGUAAGGAGAAGGCGGAGCGUUGGGCAUUCAAAUGAUCAGAAUCUGUGUGAUGAUAAUCCGCUUUCCAGACAGCUAAAAGCAGGUCUCAUCCUCAGUGCACUUACAUGCACUUUCAAAUGGAUUACUAAUAUGCCAAACCCAAGUGUACUUCAGGGCAUCUUACUUUUGUUCGCGCUGUGUUUUGUCUCACUCACUAGAGCUGAUAUGCUUCCCGCUAUCGCCAGUUUUUCCAUGGCCGAAGAAUCUCCAGUGCCCCUUAUUCUCGGUAAUGUCCUAGCUAAUCUUCAAGCUCGAGCCUAUUUCCAUGAGGACAUUAGUGACAUUUUAAUAUUCCCUUCCGCACAACCCUUCUUCGAAUACUUCCAACUUAUACAAAAGAGACAGAGUAACCAGAAAUUGGUAUCUUCUGAAUUGCAGUUGAUCAAGUCGUUCGAUUUGGAAACUGUGUGUAAAAAGCGUCUUUCUAUGCAGCAAUGUUCCCAGGCAAAUUAUGGCUGCUGUUGCGACAGUCAUAACCUUUUCUGUUCCAUUAAACUGCAGUUAGCAGUUCGAUUCGAGGGUGGUAUUUUCCACACCGCGGCACAACAAACUCCCCUUAAAGUCUUUUUAAUUGAGAUCAAAAUUUUUGAUGAAAACGACCAGACUCCUGUCUUUACCCCAGACACUUUUACCCUAAAAGUCAGUGAAGGAGUAAAAUAUAAUGAAAAUUAUCGCCUACCGCUAGCCAAAGAUGGUGAUUUGGGACAGAAUUCGGAAGUAUUUUACUCAUUGGCUUUUAUACAUGGAAGAGCGCCAAGCUCUAAGAGAUGGGUGUCUAUUCCAAAGGAAAACGGAUUAUUUUCAUUUUCAACCAGUUCACAAUCAUUGUCCCUAUCUAUAAACGGUGAUUUAGACCGAGAAGAGAUCGAAAUGUAUAAAAUUAUAAUCGAAGCCAAAGAUGGAGUGAUCAAUCCAAGUCUACAGAAAACUGGGACUCUUACCGUUUCUGUAAUGGUAACUGAUGUGAACGAUGUCAGCCCAAUGUUUAAAAGUCGAAACUUGGAAGUCAGUGUCCAGGAGAAUUCCGCUAAUGGUACUGUAAUUUGUACAAUUAUGGCACAGGAUUAUGACAGCGGAUCUAAUGGACAAAUAGAGUAUUCAAUACCACCCAGUUAUCGCGAGUCACCUUUCAAGAUUGAUCCUAAAUCUGGAUCACUUACAGUUUCCGGAGAGAUUGAUCGAGAAAAGAUAGAUGCGUAUAAAAUUAUCGUUCAAGCUAAUGAUAAAGGCUCUCCAGCAAAGACGUCAACUUUGCCAGUGUAUAUUAAAGUACUUGAUGUCAAUGACAAUCCACCAGAUAUUUCGAUAAACUCUAUUUUUAUGGAUUCUGAGUAUACCCACAGUAACCCAAUUCUUAAAAUCUCGGAGGGAGUUCCACUUGGAACUUCUAUUGCCAAUGUGAGCGUUUCUGAUAGAGAUGUUUCAGAGAAUAGUACUAUCUCUUGUCACGUCUUAAAUGAAGGGCACGAAUUGCGUCUGACUUCAUCUUCAACCUAUUCCCUCUACCUAACUAAAGAGCUGGACUAUGAGGCAGAAAAAAGACUUAAAGUAAUUUUAUCAUGUACAGAUUUCGGCGAUCCUUUUUCUCUCAACUCCGAAGCUGUAAUUGAAAUAAUUGUUCUUAACGAAAACGAUAACCCUCCAGUUUUUCAAGAACCAUUGAUAAUCCCACCUGCUUGGAUUGUCAAUAACUCUGAGAUAGCCAAAUUCUCUGCUAUUCUGAGAGAAGGAGAUAACGGGAAAUCGGGUGAAGAAAGCCUUAAAGGUUGCGUUGUGUUUUUACCGAAAUCUUUCCCUUUGGGUGAUGCGUUUUUGCGCUUUAAAGCAAAGGAUGCCGAUUUUGAGCGGGAAUCAGCCGAAAAUGAGGGUGGUGUGCUUUUUAGUAUGAGCAUGCGAAGUGAGCAACGAUUCCAGACUGAAUCAGGUCCUUUUCCCAUUGUCUAUCCAAGGAAAGCUACCCUCUUGAGCCUUUCGGAGAAAACUGGGGAGGUGAUGCUUACAUCAUCUCUUGAUUUUGAUGGGACAAUAUGUGUACUCGAAGCGGAAAUCAUGGUUCAUGAUGGCAAAUUCUCAUCAUCAAAGAAGUUGACAUUUAUUAUAGGAGAGAGCAAUCAUUACGCUCCAAUUGUGAGGAUUUUUAACUUUGCCUUGGCAAAUUCUCUAUCUCCUCAUCAGAUAUUCGAUCAGGAACAUAAUGGAUCACUCAACCAGGUCCCCUUUUACAUUCCUCGUCAAAGUAAAUCUCAUUCCGUGAUUGGACAAGCUGUUGGCUCAGACACAGAUCCAGGAUUAGCUGGUAGACUCACCUAUAAUUUAUCAAUCCCACAGUCAAGGUGCAUGGAUUUGUCCAUCAAUAGUUCUACUGGACUUUUAACUCUACUGGAAGUUCACAAAAACUUUAGUACAGAUUGCCAUCUUCAAGCCACAUUAAAUGUAACGGAUAACGGUUUUCCUAAACGGUAUACUUGUCUUCUAAUCACAUUUCAUCUAUUCGACGCCAACCAACUGUCACCGACAAUCCGCAUUAAUCAAUCAAUUAUCCCAUCUCAACAAAAUGCAAAUAAUGAAACAGAGUGGUAUUUUAAUGCAACCGUUCCUAGAGGUGAUGAUGCAUUGUUUCAAUUAGCGACGCUAAAUAUUCCAGGAUUGAUCGAAUGCACUUUUCAGGCCAAAUUUUGUGCUUCAUCAGCUGAUAAUAUUAGUAGUCUUCAAGGUGUUUCUCUUGAUGAAAAUUUGGGCCAUGUUUACAUUGCUGAUUCAUUCGUCGCCAAUCCGAAUAUCACCUUUUACAUACUUGUUUCCAAUACUUUUUGGCCCUCUUUACCAACCAAGACUUUCAAGGCGGACAUGACGUCCUCAAAAAAUGAAACUAUAGAUGUGCGAGUAACAGAAGUUGAUGGCAUUGACUGUCAAGUACAAUAUGUUGUGAGCGUUGAGCCAAGUUAUUUCCGCAGAAAUUUCAUAAUAUUUUGUAUAAGCAUAUUUGCUAUUGUUGCUAUAAUCUGUCUCCUGAUUAUCAUACUUGUGAUAUUGCUGCGAAAUUCGAGACGAAAAUUGACUAUUGCUCCUCUGUUAAGCAUGUUUAAGAAGAAGGAGGCACCGAGUUUCUAUGCAAAGGCCCAUUUCCAAUCCAACUCAGUGGAAGUGAAUGAUCCUGUGAAGUUUAAUGAAGAAUAUAACACCUGCCUGCAAACCAAAAUACCAGCGUAUGAAAUUGCAACGAACGAUGUGAGCGUUUCACAAGUCCUGCUUAAAGCUCCAAAAUAUCCCACCGCAACCAGUUCCAUUAGAAUCGGUGGCGGUCGAGUAUCAACGAUUGCCCUAAAACAACACCCAUCAAUGCAUCCAACCGUAUCCGAUAUCAGUAACACUUACUACGUUAUGGAGAACAUUCAUCAAAAUGACUUGAACUCCAAAUUGUAUUCUUCCAAAGAAUCAACUCCUGUGCACAGUCAUCGAUCACCGUCCAGUGGAAGAAGCAUCAAAUCGGAGACAAGUCCCCUACCGGGACAUGCCAAUGUGAACAUUAUCGUCCAUAAUGACUUUGAGAAGAGUGCUACAAUGCACCACAGAAAUAUGCUUAGCUCAGACGAUAAACCAGCUAAGGUAGGCCAUUAUUUAAAAAAUUUAAUUGAAGAUUUAUUAAAACUAUUUCUAAUUCUUUUAUUGCAGAUAUUUCGGAUAGCACCCAAUCUUCCACCAAUUGAAUCUACAAGAAACACAUUUAGGAUCGAAUUGGAUCCUUCAACCAUGUGUUUUAUAAAAGAGAAAACACCGUGUGAUUGA